UUCUGUGAAUGUCAGUUUAUUUUUCUUUUGCAAUGGACCGAUUUGUUGUAAGAAAUCCUCCUGCCUCAGCCCCAAGUACCUCAUCGAAUAGUAAAGGGAAACCUCGUUUAAAACAGACAACCAUUGAAUCUUUAAAGGGUGUGGUUGUUGUUGAUGAAGUUUUGCGACACAAAUCACGCCUCCGUCUAGAGACAACUAGCAAACAGGAGAAACUUACCAGUCUGGUAGAGCUGGGCAAGAAAAUUCCACCACGACACAUCAUGCAGAGUACGAAAAUAGGUAACCUAAUAAAGAAGCUGGCAAAAAGUGAGGAUGAAGAUAUCAGAAAGGCCGCUAAGAAGGUUUACAUCGGGUGGAAGACCCACUUUUUAGAGCACAUGGAACGGCCCCAGAUCGAGGUUAAGUGUGACCUGAAGACAGAGAAAGUGAGGACUUCUGGGAAACAUUUGCUGGCCGGUGCACUUCAAUUGGAGGAGACACACCAGUUACCGCAGACUAUUGAACGCGAGACGUUUCACGACCACCGACGGCUCAUCAGUCACAGUUACAAGAGGACUAUACGUAACCUCGUGUUCAUUCUCAAACACCAGGAGGACAUGCGCAGCAAAGUUACAUCAGGGGAGAUAACUGUGACAGAUUUCGUCAAGGAGCACAAAAAGUCUUGAUGUGUGUGUUUAGGGUUCAUCAGAUCUCAGACUAAAGUCAAAUGUGUGAUUAUGUAUAUAAAUUAUGUGAACAUUACUUUUAAACUUUAAAAUUACUGUUUAAGCUGCACUUUCUCAAAUUGACAGUUUCGACUUUUUUUAUUUUGUUUCUCUCAUAACCAGCUGAUUUUGGCAUCAGUGUCGUCAAUUCAGUCAUAUAAGAUAACUCACAAUAAAACAGUUCUCAAAUGCUCAAGGUAAAAUGCAGAAAUUUUCAUUUUUCUAAAAACGCUUUUAACCAUAAAACAUCAAUUUUCGAAUGUAAAUUUGAACAAUGAGAUCUGCUCUUUUAUCAGCAGUCUUAUAUUACUGGUGUAUAGGCAUUGAAGCAAAAAUUGGCUCAUUCAAAGUAAAAAAAAAAGUUGUCAAAAGAAUCAAUCUGUGAGAGUGCAGCUUUAAAGGCCGCCAUCUUCAUUAAAAACACAUCUCAAAAGAUGCUUAUGUGCAUGACUUCCAUUAGGCUUUUUAAACUGGAAGUAUGAACUUCCUUAACAUCAUUAUUUGAAAUUUUUCACUGAUGUGGAAGUUUGAAGUCUCUCGAAUACUAAACUUGCCAUUUACUUCACAAUUUUAUACAGUCGAACCCCGUUGCCUUGAACUCGCUUGGCUUGAAAUACUCAUUGGCUCGAACUGGAUUGAAAGGACCGGUUUCUUUAUAUUGAAUGUAAGCAUUCCAGCUUGGCUCGAAUUUCACGAGGCUCGAGGUAUUUUUGCCAGUCCCUUGGAGUUCGAGCCAAUGGGGUUCAACUGUAUUAUAAAACUGAUAGAAAAUGUCACAAUGAUAGUAACAUUGAUAUCAUAAUUUGAUAUUUGAAACAUUCAAACCUUCAACCUUGGAAGUUUUCUAACAAAUAAGGAAGUUUGUGUACUUCCAAGGCAUCAUUUUUGGAAGUUUUAUCACAUUUCUAGUGAAUAAUACAUAAACUUCCAAACAUCUUUUAUGGAAGGCCUGUGUGUGACCACUACAACCAGUAAGGAAAUGUUGAUGUACAAUUUUUCCCUAAGAUUGAACUGAUCAAGUUUUAGAUGUAUUUGGUACUAGUGUAGAAGUUUAUGUCAUAUUUCCAUUUUAAAAAUAUAACGGUCCUCUAUGAAUGUUUGAUUUUUUGUAGCUUUUUUAUUCCAUUUUAACACCGCAUUAGCUAAUGUACUGUUCAGGAAGUAUGUCACUAACCAGUUCACUAAUUUAUAUUUUAUAUGUUUUAUAGAAGCCUCUGGGCUUGGCUACCUCUAAUUCAUAGAAUAUCAUUGCCAUUCCCUGCGCGCCAUUGUUGAACAAGCCACCUGUGCAUACAUGUAUAUGUGUAUAAUGCAUUAUUAAAGAGUCAUUAUACAGACUUGUUUUUAAAUAAUUUUAAUAAAGUUGUAG